AUGCCGCCCGCUUACACGACAGCGCAAAAGUCGGCUAUCCAACAGGUCGUGAACUUCACCAGCUGCGAUCGCACCACUGCCGCAAGGAUCCUCAGGAACCACAACUGGAAUCCAGAGCAAGCCAUCAACGGGUACUUCAACAAUGGCGGCGGCUCAGGCGGCGCAAAGGCGUACGAGGCGAAUCUCAAUCAGAUCUUCGACAAGUAUGUCGACAACCCGCAGGACAAGGACUCGGUCGGCAUCGACGGCACCAUGCAGUACCUCCAAGACCUCGGCGUCCCGCUCGAUGACAUCACUGCGCUCGCCGUCCUCGAGCUCAUCCAGGCACCGACCAUGGGCGAGAUCACGCGAAAAGGUUUCGUCGAGGGAUGGGCAGCAAGGCAAGCCGACUCAAUCGACAAACAAAAGGCCAUCGUCUCCCAACUCAGCAGCGCAAUCUGCAGUCCCGCCUCUCGCAACACCCUGAAGCGCGUCUACAAGCAUACUUUCAUCUUCGCCAGACCUCCCGGCCAAAAGGCAAUCCCGCUCGAGCAAGCCGUCGAAUACUGGAAGCUGUUGUACUCCCCGUCGGGCCUGAACUGGAGCACGCAGACGACGCCGUGGCUCGACUGGUGGCUCGAGUUCCUCGAGAGCAAGUGGAAGCGGACGGUCAACAAGGAUAUGUGGGAUCAGCUUUUCAACUUCGCGGAGAAGAGCCUUGAGGACGAGACGCUCUCGUUCUGGAGCGAAGACGGCGCAUGGCCCGGCGUUAUCGAUGAGUUCGUCGACUGGGUCCGCACGGAAAAGGGCAGGGGGGCGAAGCAGGAGGACGACGAGGAGAUGGAGGAGUGA